GCGACCCAACCCCCCACCCCACCCUCUCGCCUCGCCACCACCCGCAUCUCCAUCUCCAGCUUGGCGGUGUUGGUGUUGGAGGCGGCAGCGGCAGACGGCGGCCUCAUCGAUGGCGUCCAGGAUGGCGCUCCGCCCGCACGACGUCACCCUCUGCCUGUCCCCUCCCCUCGCCGCCAGGCGCCGCCAGCGACGCGCCGCCGCCGGGGUCAGGGUCUACGCCGUCGCCUCCGGGACCGUCUCCACCAAGGUUGAGAGUAAGAAGCCAUUUGCUCCUCCACGAGAGGUGCACGUCCAGGUUACACAUUCCAUGCCACCCCAGAAGAUUGAAAUAUUCAAGUCUCUUGAUGAUUGGGCUAGAGAUAAUCUUUUGUCCCACCUUAAGCCGGUUGAGAAAUGUUGGCAGCCACAGGAUUUUCUUCCUGAUCCAGCCUCAGAAGGGUUUCAUGAUGAAGUGAAAGAACUUAGAGAACGUGCCAAGGAAAUUCCUGAUGAUUAUUUUGUUUGUUUGGUUGGAGACAUGAUUACAGAGGAAGCUCUUCCUACAUACCAGACUAUGCUUAACACACUUGACGGUGUCCGAGAUGAAACAGGUGCAAGCCCCACCGCUUGGGCUGUUUGGACAAGGGCAUGGACUGCUGAGGAGAACAGGCAUGGUGACCUCCUGAACAAAUAUCUCUACCUCACUGGUAGGGUUGACAUGAGACAAAUUGAGAAGACAAUUCAGUAUCUUAUUGGCUCUGGAAUGGACCCUAGGACAGAGAAUAAUCCUUAUCUUGGAUUCAUCUACACCUCCUUCCAAGAGCGUGCAACCUUCAUCUCGCAUGGGAACACUGCUCGCCAUGCCAAGGACUACGGUGACCUAAAACUUGCACAGAUCUGCGGUAUCAUUGCCUCAGACGAGAAGCGGCAUGAGACUGCGUACACCAAGAUUGUUGAGAAGCUGUUCGAGAUUGAUCCCGAUGGCACCGUGCUUGCUUUUGCUGACAUGAUGAAGAAGAAGAUCUCAAUGCCUGCCCACCUGAUGUUCGAUGGGGAGGACGAUAAGCUCUUUGAGCACUUCUCCAUGGUAGCACAGAGGCUUGGUGUUUACACUGCCAAGGACUACGCCGAUAUCCUUGAGUUCCUCGUUGGCAGGUGGAAGAUAUCUGACCUGACUGGCCUCUCGAGCGAGGGAAAUAAGGCGCAAGACUACCUUUGCACCCUUGCUGCUAGGAUCAGAAGGCUGGAUGAGAGGGCACAAGGGAGGGCCAAGAAAGCUGGAACAAUGCCUUUCAGCUGGGUAUAUGGUAGGGAAGUUCAACUCUGAGCAUCAGGCGCCAUUGCCACUGCUGCAAGCUCCAGUGUUGCUACUGUCUGCCAUGCUUGUCCAGACACAUCUUGAGAACAAGAUCAGUUGGCUCGCUGCAUAGUUCUUCAGGGUUCGUCGGUAUCUUUGCCUAGAGUGAGUGAUAGGGGGAUGUGCACCUGUGUUUUAGCUUUUCUUUUCUGUUUUUUUCAUGUACAACUUCUGGCCGUGUGGAUUGGACAUGUACUGAACGUGAAGUCUGUCGUUGGCCGUGUCAAUCUGCUGUGUCUAAACUGCUGUUGUUCAGGUCUGAAAAUUUUGUGAAAUUUGUCAUGUCAGAAAUAACUUAGUUUUCAACUGUA